UUCUCUAGCCAUCUAUAAUACAUAAAGAAGCUGCUCAUCGAUAAGCUGAAGGGUGUCAGCCUCAUUAAGAUGAAAUUCGAGGACAUGAGGAAUUGGUCCAACCUAGUAAUGCCACAAGAAUAAUGGGGAUUUUUGCCAAACCUGACCAUGUUAACAUGACAUAUCCAAAGACUCAGCUUUAGCACUCACUGCCUUUGUUAUUGAUUUGUGACAAUCUCUGUGACCCUGGGAAUCUGGGGACAAUUCUGAGAUCCCCAGCUGGGGCAGGCUGCAGCAAAGUGUUAGUCAUUUUGAAAUGUGUGGAUGCCUAGGAGCCCAAAGUGCUACGGGUGGGUAUGGGUGUACUUUUCCAGGUGCCCAUUAUCAGUAGUCUGAAAACAAAAACAGUGGCAAAUUACCUGCCCCCUGACACCCAGGUCUGUUUGGCUGACAACCGAAGCCUUUAUGCUGAGGCUCAGAUGUCUAAUAAAGACAGUGACUAUGGCUGGGUGUGUGAUUGUCGAUUCCUGAAGUUUCACAAGUACGAAGAAAAGGAAGGUCUAGAAACUGGAGCCAGUAAAGGUUUGCUACCUGUUAUUGAGGUUCAGAGUUAUGGCUUCGACUGGACAGAGCCACCAGCAGCUGCAGUGGUUGGCAGCGAGACCUAUGGCAUGAGCCUGGAUUCUCUGUAGUUGGCCGAGAGCCCUGGGGGCAACAGGCUGCUGAUCCCUGUUGUACCUGGUGUGGACAGCCUCAACUCAGCCAUGGCUGCACGCAUCCCGCUUUUUGAAGGGAAAAGACAACUGUGGGUGAGGGCGGAACACUUGAGCAGGGACAGGAGUUACCACUGA